UUGGAGAGUUGGUGUUUGCUCCAGGACUUUGCGUCGAGUUUUUUUUCAGAGUUUUGCAGGCAAUGACAAGCUAGAACACUGACGACAAGUACAGAGGAAGGAAAAGUUCAAUAAUAGAUCGUCUUUUUCGCACUAACGCGCUUUCAGUUCUCGUUGUAGAGUGUAUUAUUGUGUCUCUUUGAGUACAGCAGUGACUCCAGACUUCAGCCUGUCUCUGCCGGUUACUCUCUAUGAUGGACUGAGAGGAGAAAUAAUUGAUUCUUCUUUUCAAGACACAACAGAAGUUAUUCAUCAUCAUCAUCAUCAUCAUCAUCAUCACAUGCUGUAAAUAUGAAGCAGGUCACCAAACACACAAGAAACCACUCAGAGAAUCACUUUAUAACAUCAGGGAGAGCUCGACAGAUGCCUGCGCUGGACAAUCUACCAGAGCAGUACCUGACAGGACACUGGCCACGAGAGCAGAACCAGCCCCACCCGGCCUGCAUGACCGAUAAAGCCACACAGACGCCUGGCAUUUGGACUGAAGAUGGAGGAGAGGUAAACGCACACAAGCGCUCGGCAUCAUGGGGCAGUGCUGACCAUCUCAUAGAGAUCUCGAAGCUCCGUCAGCAGCUCCAGCACAGUUUGAAGGGAAGUCGAAGUAUCGUGGAGAAAGAAGAAGCCAGUCAGACACAGCCAAAGAGAAUCUCAACGUCUUCAUCUAAUACAGCACUUUCCAGACCGCUGAUAUGUCGAAUGCCCAGCUAUAGCGAGUGUGUGAACCAGGAGCUGGAAAACGUCUUCAUCUGUGACCAGUGGAGGAGAGAGGAGGACACGGCUCUGGAGGUGCGUGACGGUGGUCGAGCUCCUGUUCCUGCUCUUCAUCAGAUGUCCUGCUGUUCUCCUGCUGCAGACACAGAGAAAGACUGCAGGCCGGGUUCUCCUCUUCCUCAGUUCUCCAGCUCUCCAAAACCCAACAACAGCUUCAUGUUUAAGCGAGAGCCUCCUGAAGGCUGCGAGAAAGUCAAAGUGUUUGAAGAUCUGAUGUCUCCAGGUUUCCCCAUCUUCUCGUGUCCAGACAGAAACAAGGUGAACUUCAGUCCCAGCGGCUCUGCUUUCUGUCCCGUGAAGCUGCUGUGUUCCUCUCUCUUCCCUUCAGACGCUUCCCUGCAGAAGCAAACCUCUGAACGCUGCAGCAUUAGGAAGUGCCUGCUGCUCAGCUAACCAAUCACAGCGCAGAUCUCCGCUCAGCUGACCAAUCACAGUGCAGAUCUCGCUCGGAUGAUGCAACUGUUGGCCAAGAGUUGCACAGGACGUUGAACUUUAUCGUAUGGUUUGAUGUAAUUCUGCUGGAGUGUUAAGCUUACCGCACAUGCUACUAACCAGGUAAAGGCAAGACACUGUAGAGUUAAAAAACAACAACAACAUACUAAAUGAAUAGUUAUCAUCAUACUUCCAAGGUAGACUGAUUAUAUUUUUAUAGAUUUUCUGUGUGGAGUUUUUGAAAAUUAUGUACAUAUGCAAAUUAGGCAGUAUUCAAUUAGUGCUCAUUUGCAUAUAUUUCCAGCACCAAAAGCAACAAAAAUUAAUGUUCAACAUUUUUGUUGUUUGACAUUAGAUUCAAAGGAUUUUACAAAGUCAAUCUUCAUAAUUCAGAAAAUACCGUGGAGAGACACAAAAUUCACAAUUGUUUUUGUAGAACAAAAUGUAUAUAAUCAGUCUAAUUAUGCAUAUGUAGAGUUCAGAUGCAAAAACCUCUUAAGUGUGUCUAAAAUUGACACCAAAAUGUAGCUUUUUUUUUUAUUUUUUUAUUUAUUUUUUUUUUUUAGCCUCCUAUGUUUAUUUUGACAUUUCAUUUUAAAGACCAUGAAAAGAACUUACUCUGGAAUAUUACUGAUCCUUUUGGAAAUUACUGAACCUAUACACAGGAGCCUCAUUUAAAAAAAAAAAAAGCUCAUUUUAGAAGAAAAUUUUAGAUGGCAUUUAGAGUUUUUAGCAUCUGAACUAUACAUAUAUAUAUACAUACACACAGUUGAAGUCAGAAUUAUUAGCCCUCCUGAAUUAUUAGCCCCGUUUUAUUUUUAUUUUUCCCCAAUUUCUGUUUACCGGAGAGAUUUUUUUUUUCAGCACAUUUCUAAUCAUAAUAGUUUUAAUAACUCUAAUAACUGAUUUAUAUUCUCUUUGUCAUGAUGACAGUAAAUAAUAUUUGACUAGAUAUUUUUCAAGACACUUCUAUACAGCUUAAAGUGACAUUUAAAGGCUUAACUAGGGUAAUUAGGAAAGUCAUUGUAUAACAAUGGUUUGUUCCGUAGAUAAUCGAAAAAAAACUAUUGCUUAAAGAGCUAAUAAUAUUGACCUUUAAAUAGCUUUAAAAAAAAUAAAACAUUUAAAAACUGCUUUCAUUCUAGCUCAAAUAAGACUUUCUCCAGUAGAAAAAAUAUUAUAGGAAAUACUGUGAAAAUUUCCUUGCUCUGUUAAACAUCAUUUGGGAAAGGAGGGCUCAUAACUUUGACUUCAACUGUAUAGAGAUGCAAAACCUUUUAUAAAAACCAAUGGAAUAAAGAUAGACAACACUGAAUUUUGGUGUUUAAAAAAAAAAAAAAAAAAAGGAUUUUAAUUGCAAUCCACAGACACAAAUUGAAGUGUGUCCAAAGAAACAUUUAAAAGAGCAUUAAAAAAACAUCCAUCAAACUGAAAAUCUCAAAAAUGAUAUGCCUUAAUAAAAUAAAAGGUUUUGCCUGCUUUGUUUUGCUGUAAGCGCGUCCGUUAUGACAAUAGAGAACUUCUGCUGCAAGGAUUUUUAUUUUUAGCCAAUAAUGUUCUUUCAUGCCUUAAUAAUCAUCCCUCAGGUGUAACUUUCAUUAGGGCUGAUGAUAGAGCUGGGACUAAUACUUAUAGCUCACGGUUUUCUCCAUUGGAGGAAUCAUUUCCCCUGUCACUCUACUGCCAUUAAAAUGAUUCUUCAAAACA